GGAAUAUAAAAGUGUAAAUAACGUUCGUAGAUAACAUUAGAGUAUCGGUUGUUCUGGUAGCUUGCCUCCAGCCAAUGCAAUCAUCCUCGGGGCUGCCAGUGGCGCACGAUGGAUCGUCCUCCUGGUUCGGUUGUGAACCAAUCACCGCUCACCACGCGGCCGGUUUCGACCGUCGGAAGAGUCCACUGGGGGGGCAGGACACCAGCAUUGUCCGAGUCAUGAGGCGGAAACAUGGCAAGGGCGCCGAGGGUAUCGAUGGCCCUGGCACAUGCAGUGAUGAUCCGCGCGAGUCGCUUGGCUCGUUUCGGGUUGUUUGCGAGCAACGACGCCUGCAACUUUUCAAAGUCGUGCUGGAGCAUGCGAUGCCGAUGUUGUCUGUCGAGCUGCAGGGCGUGCGUCGUGAUGGACAGCCGCCUGUGUCGGAGGGGCUGGCUGUCCAGUCCUGUCGUUGGUGUCGGGGACGCUAACGUGAUCGAGUCAGGCACGUGGACCUUUGGACUGAGGGGCGAGUAGUGGCUCGAUGGUGUCGAAGGCAAAACUAGGCGGGCGAGCAAAUGACGGCGUUUCGAUUCAAACGAUUGCAACGCGGGGGUACGUGAACCGGUUGUUGCAUCUGGUGAUGGUACUCGGGGCACACUACUACUAGUACUACUAGUAGU